GAGAAUGCAGGGAUCGAGCGUCAUGUGGGCAGGCAUACACGGUGACUGGAGAGCGUGCAGGACGCUUUCAAACAAACGCAAGAAAGCAGGUAGAUUGAUGCUUAGAAAUUGGUUCCAGCAAGCUUGACUUGGAAACAUUGGAAACAUCGGAAACUGUGCCUGGAAUGCUUCAACAGCCAUGUAACUGGCACUCUCUACAGGAGAACGCAGGGAUGGAGCCUCACGGGCUUGGAAGGUAGUUGGGCAAAUCAAAGAGCGCGUUGUUUUACCUGAAGUCAGAAACUGGCACGGCAAAGGAAGCAUUUUCGGACAACCCUAUUCGCAGGGAGUCUGGGGUUUGCGCUUCGUCAAACGGACUCGGGAGGAUCCGUUGCAUAGGCCACGCUGCAAGCGCUUCAAUCUCGUCUUCACCGGAAAUCUAUCCAGGCAAAAGCUGGCAUGGCAAGUGGUCAUUGUGUCCAUGCUUGAGACAGCUUCAGCAGCGGCAACUGUAGAAGGCAAGGCAGCGAAUGUUGUGCAACCCCCCCAAAAAAUGUGGAGUAGCAGGUGCAAUGAACUCGACUAUUUCCCCAAUAGCGCAACAAUACACAACGAGCGAUUGUGGCUAUCCCGCCAACAUUUUCUCUUGGCUGAAGUGAUGAAACCUCGUCCAGUACAAACAUAUCAAAGUGUUGCAAUGGAUUCCUCGAGCCUGAGACAUGUGCUUCUGUCGAGUUUGACCUGACUAGUUAAUGCAUUUUCCACAUCUUGAAGCCUGGUUGAGAAACGAACUUGAGGCAAAAAUGACGGUGGAACCAGAGUCAAAGGCUGAUGUCUCGACUGACGUAGCUGAGAGGAAGUCAGACCCUGAAAAGAACCAGGAAAAGGACAGAUGCGGAAUCGCCAACACCUUUCCUUCGUGCGUACCACUUGUCCCCCACUUCUUUCCCACUUGUUUCCCACCUGUUCUACUUGUCUCCCGCUUGUUUCCCUAUUGCGUCCCAGUUGUCUCCUACUUGUCUCCCACUUUUUCUCCGCUUGUCGCCCGCUUUUUAGCACUUGUCUCCCACUUGUCCCCCACUUGUUCCCAACAGCAGGAAGUUGUUGGGUUUCAAUCUUUAUUCAUUGUGUAGCAGUUCCCCCCUCUUCUGGCAUGCGCAGGAUUGCGCAGGGUUCCGCGAACCUCGGAACUUUGUCUCCCACUGUGUCUCC